CGGGGCGGAGGUGCCGCGGCGGCUGUUAUUGUUCGGCAGGGCUCGGCCGGGCGCUGUCUCCCCUCGGCUGCGCCGGUGUCAGUUUGUCCCACUUCCUCUCUGCUCCUCACGACCGGCGGCUGACGGCAGCGGCGCAGGCGGGGCCUGGCGUUUUGAGGGUGAGCGGCGCCGGGGUGAGGUGUGCGGAGGAGGAGCAGUAGCAGGAGGAGGAGCCGUGUGCCCUGGCACCAGGCGGCCGCGGCCAUGGCGUACGCCUAUCUGUUCAAGUACAUCAUCAUCGGCGACACAGGUGUUGGUAAAUCGUGCUUAUUGCUACAGUUUACAGACAAGAGGUUUCAGCCAGUGCAUGACCUUACUAUUGGCGUAGAGUUUGGUGCUCGAAUGAUAACUAUUGACGGAAAACAGAUAAAACUUCAGAUAUGGGAUACAGCGGGGCAAGAGUCCUUUCGCUCCAUCACAAGGUCGUAUUACAGAGGUGCAGCAGGUGCUUUACUAGUAUAUGAUAUUACAAGGAGAGAUACAUUCAACCACUUGACAACCUGGUUAGAAGAUGCCCGCCAGCAUUCCAAUUCCAACAUGGUCAUUAUGCUUAUUGGAAAUAAAAGUGAUUUAGAAUCUAGAAGAGAAGUAAAAAAAGAAGAAGGUGAAGCUUUUGCACGAGAGCAUGGACUUAUCUUCAUGGAAACUUCUGCUAAGACUGCUUCCAAUGUAGAAGAGAGCUGCCUAUAUGGGAUCAAACUGGCAACAACUGGAAAUAUUAGAGAAGAACCUUAGGAGGCGGUGCGUUUGUUAAUGGAGGAGGAACAACUCAGAAAAGGAGGGUGAGAAUGGUUGCACAACUCGAAGAAUUUAAUCAGUGCCACUGAGCUGUACGUGUAGAAACUAUUGAGUUUGUGUAUGUUUUGCUGUGUAUAUUAACAACAAAAAUAAAUUAUUUAAACAAAAAAGAAAACUGCAUAUAUCAACAUGGAUAAAUCUAAAAAAAUAAGUAACAUUGAAUGCAAAAAGCAAGUUGUAGAAGAAUAUAUAGAGUAUGAUGCCAUAUACUUAUGAAGUAUUAUCUGUUGUUUUUAGAUACCUGUGUAUAUUAUGAAAAUAUAAAAAUACACAUGGAGAUGAUACAUACAAUUUCGGGAUAGCAGUUACCACUGAGAAAGAGAAGAGAAAUAGGGAAGGGUACUUUUAACUAUAUUUUAAAUUUUUAUUUAAAAAAGAUGUGAAGCAAAAAUGCCAAAAUGUUAUAUUUUGAAGCGAGGUGGUAGGUACGUGUGUAUUCAUUCUACUUUAUCCUUUUUUUUUUGUAUGUUUGAAAUAUUUUGAAAUAAAAAUAUUAGUAAAGAUGAAAAAAAAUCCAACAGGAUGCUUGACAGAAAUGGAAAAGCCAAUCCUCAAAUUCAUAUGGAAGGGCAAGGGACCCCAAAUAGCUAGAGCAGUCUUGAAGAAGAAUAAAGUAGGACACUCACGUUUUGAUGUCAAAGUAUACCAUAAAGUCACAGUAGUUGGUAUGAUAAUUGACAUACAGACCAAUGGAAUAGAAUGGAGAGCCCAGAAAUAAAACCAUGCACGAAAUAAAACUAUGGUCAGCUGAUUUUUGACAAAGGUGGUAAAUUUAUCCAAUGAGGGGAAGGCAGUCUCUUAAAUGGUGCUAGGAAAAUUGGAUUUCCACAUACAGAAAACUGAAUCAGAAUCCAACCCUCACAUCGUAUACAAAAACCAUUUCAAAAUGAAUCAAGGACCUAAAUGUGAAAACUAAAAUUCUUGGAAGAAAAUGUAGGGGUGAAACUGGUGGGACCUACUUUUUAGUGAUGGACUAUCAGAUAUGACAACUAAAGCAUAAGUAGCAAAAAACAAAAUAGAUAAAUGGAACGAAACCCACUGCCGUCGAGUCAAUUCUGACCCAUAGCGACCUUAUAGGACAGAGUAGGACUGCUAUAUCUUUCUCACUGGACAAAUGGGAAGGGACUUUAUAAAAAUUUACUUUUUAUGUAUCAAAGGACUUUAUUAUAAAAGUGAAGGACAGCCUACAGAUUGGGAGAAGUUUUUUGGGAAGCAUAUAUCUGAUCAAUGUGCUCUGGUGGUGCAGUGGUUAAGCACUCAGCUGCUAACUUAAAGGUCACAGCCUUGGAAACCCUAUGAGGCAGUUUACCCUGUCCUGUAGGGUCAACUUGACAGCAACAGAUACGGGUUUUUUGGUAUAUACCUGAUAAGGGUCUUAUAUCCAAAAUAUGUAAAAUACUUCUACAACUUAACAACAAAAAUACAGCCCAGUCAAAAAAUGGGCAAAGGACUUUGACAGUCCACUAAAGAGGAUAUUCAGAUGGCCAGUAAGCACAUGAACAGAUAGAUGCUCAAAAUCAUUAGCCAUUGUUUUUGUUGUGUGCCAUGGAGCCAGUUCCAACUGAGUGACCCUGUAGGACAGAGUAGAACUGCUCCAUAGGGUUUUCAAGGCUGAAGCAGACCACCACAUCUUUUUCCCUUGGAGUGUGGCUGGUUGGUUCAAACCACUGACCCUUCAAUUAGCAGCUGAGUACUUAAUCACUGCAUCACCAGGGCUCCUUCAUUAGCCAUUAGGGAGAGGAAAAUGCAAAUCAAAACCACAAGGAGAAACCAUCUUACCCCAUUAGAAUGGCAAUGAGCAAAAAACCAUACUCUUAGGUGUUGGCGAGGUUGUGAAGAAACAGGAACCCUCGUCCAUUCCUGGUGGGCCUGUGAAAUGGUGCAGCCACUGUGGAAAACAGUUUGGCGGUUCCUCAAACAUUUGACGUAGAACAACCAUAUGACGCAGCACUUCUACUCUUAGAUAUAUACCCAAAAGGCCUGAAAGCAGCAACACAGAUGCCUGUACACCAGUGUUCAUGGCAGGACUGCUCACAGUAGACAAAAGUGGAAAAUGACAUGCCCACCUAUGAAUGGAUAAACAAAGUGUGUGUACACACAAUGGAAUAUUAAGAAAAAAACCAAACCUGUUGCCAUUGAGUUAAUUCUGACUCAUAGCGACCCUAUAGGAUAGAGUUGAACUGCCGACCUUUUGGUUCACAGCUGUGGUACUUAACCAUUAUGCCACCUGGGUUUCCAGUGGCAUAUUACUCAGCCAUAAAGAAAAACGAAGUCCUGAUACAUGCUACAACAUGGGUGAACCUAGAAAAUGUUAUGCUGAGUGAAAGAAGUCAGCCACUAAAGGACAAAUAACUAUGAUCUCACUUCUUUGAAAUAAGCAAAUAUGUAAAAAUAAUUAUUGGUUACUAGGGGUGGGAGGAAAGAGGGAGUUUGUGCUUAGGGUGCAUUGUUGUUGGUAGGCGCCAUUGAGUCGGUUCUGACUCACAGCGACUCUGUGUCCCACAGAACGAAAUACUGCCCAGUCUUGUGCCACCUUCACAGUCAUUGCUAUGUUGGAGCCCGUUGUUGCAACCACUGUGUCAAUCCAUCUCCUUGAGGGUCUUUUUUGAUCCUCUACCAAGCAUUUUUUUUUUUUUUUUUUUUUUACCAAGCAUGAUGUGCAUCUCCAGGCAUUGGUCUCUCCUGAUAACAUGUCCAAAGGACGUAAGACAGAGUCCUGCCACCUUUCCUUGAGCAUUCUGGCUGUACUUCUUCCAAGACAAUUUUGUUUGUUCUUCCGGCAGUCCAUGGUGUGUUCAGUGUUCUUCAUCAGCACCAUAAUUCAGACGCACCAGCUCUUCCUUGUUCACUGUCCAGCUCUCAUGUGCGUAUGAAGUGAUUCAGAACACCAGGGCUUGGGUCAGGCGCACCUCAGUCCCCAGAGUGACAUCUUUGCUUUUUAACACUUUAAAGCAGGUCUGCUCCAGUGCAGUACGUCGUUUGAUUUCCUGACUAAUGCUUCCCUAAGUAUUGAUUGUGGGUCCAAGUAGAAUUAAAUCCUUGACAGCUUCAGUCUUUUCUCCACUUAUCAUGGUGUUGCUUAUUGGUCCAGUUGUGAGGAUUAGGGUACGUCAAAUGUAUGUUAAUGGUGGUGAGGUAAUUUAGAAGAAGAGCAAGAAUGGUUGUGCAACUUGAAGAAUGUAAUCAGUGUCACUUAAUUUUCCAAAAGAAGUUGUUGAAUUGCUGUAUGUUUUUGUUGUAUGUGUUUUCACCACAAUAAAAAAAGGCUUCCUGUAGUGUUCUCUUCCCUCACUUCUUUACAUUCGUUUAUUCAGUUAAUAUGCUUUCUACCCAUUGUUUUGUUUUUUCUAUGUUAAAUAUCUCUCCAGAUUGUCCUGUACUGUAAUUGCCUCCUAACUGGACUCCUUGUCUUUAUUUUUCAAUCUUCCACAGUGUGAGAUCUUCCUAAAAAUGAAAAUUGGGUGUCACUCUCCAGGUUUCUGAAAAUCAUGUAGUGGUCCCCCACAUCUUCAGAAUCAAACUCCUUACCUUGGAAGACAAGGUCCUUUGAUCCCUGUUUCUCUACACAUUUUAUAUACCUCCAAAAUAACCCUAGAUAUUAUCCAAAAUAAUUCCUGCGUAGACACGUUUUGAAGGAUGUGUGAAGUGAGUACUUUUUAUGUUUAAUUUUAACUGCAACAUAAACAAAAUAAUUGAAAAUUCCUCUGACUUUUGUUAAAGAUAAGUACUCCUAAUAAAGGGAGGGUUAAUGUAGUGGAAAGAAUAGUAGAUUCUGAUCCUGCCUCUGCAACAAUUGUUUGGACUCAGGCAAGUAAUUUAUCCUUAUAGCUCAGUUAUACCUAUAAAGUAAAAGUUAUUGCAGAUCAGUAGAAUUAGCUGUGGUGUACUUUCUUCCAGUGAAACACAAGGAAAUUGUAUAUGAAAAAGAGAAAAAUAGAACCACACUACUUUGAAAGCAGGAGUGCUGUGGAGAAUGAGGGGGAAAGAGGAGGAAGUGGCUUCCUGGCACCAUUCCCCUGGGUUGUCCACUUCUACCUAACUCAUUCCCAAGGGGCGGCCCCUGCAGAAUUUCCAUGAGAUAUAAUUUGAAAGCCACCGUACCGGAUGAUGUAUGAGUCCUCUGCCGCUAGAGCUAAAUCACAUAAAAUCAGAACAUUUUAAAGUCACAGAAUUUGAAAGAAUUUCAUAUUUAAACUCCCUAAUCUCAAAUUCUAGUCCAGUGUUCUUUUCACAUGAUUUUCCUGUUUCUGCAUAGUAUUUAGGUCCUAGUUCAGUAUAUUUUAUUCUUUAGGGCACACUGUACACAUUAUGUAUUGCCGAUUUACUUUUUAAUAUUUUAAUUUUCUUUACUUAAUGAAGAUAUUUGGACGGACUGAAGAUCACUAAUUCUCUCGUUCUUCCGUGGCAGCGUUUGCAGGGCAAAUUCACAUUUAGCACCUGUACUGCCUUUUCCUCCUCUUGUUCCCCACAGGCUGUUGCCUCCUAACGUUCCUGAUGGGGAAAGCUAGCCUGCAUUGAGGACAGAACUGUAUGCCAGCUCUUUGCCUGAUCUUAAUCCUCAGAACAAGCCUGUGAAGUAGAUACCCUUACCAUCCUUAUUUUACAGAGAGGUUAAGUAAUGGUCUAAAGAAGCCCUGGUGGCGCAGUGGUUAAGAGCUACGGCUGCUAACCAAAAGGUCGGCAGUUCAAAUCCACCAGCUGCUCCUUGGAAACUGGAGCAGUUCUAACCUGUCCUGUGGGGUCGCUGUGAGUCGGAAUUGACUCAACGGCAGCAGGUUUGGUUUUGAUUUAAAGCAGACAGAGCUGCCACUGGGGCUUGAACCUGCACAGUCUGGUUCCAGAGGCCCCGCCCUUAGCCAUCUUGCUAGUUUUACAGGUGUAACUUCACCCCACAGGUAACAGGUUUUCUUGAAACCAAAUGACAGACAUUAAAAUUAUUUUUAUACAUCUUUUUAAGUUCUUUUCAGAAAUAAUGAAAACUAAUGUAAAUAACUUAGCAUAGUAUCUUGCACAUGGUUAAGUACUUAUUAAAAAAAAAACCAAACCCAGUGCCAUCGAGUGGAUUCCGACUCAUAGCGAUCCUAUAGGGCAGAGUAGAACUGCCCCAUAGAGUUUCCAAGGAGCGCCUGGCAGAUUUGAACUGCUGACCCUUUGGUUAGCAGCCGUAGCACUUAACCGCUACGCCACCAGGGUUUCCAAGUACUUAGUAAAAAUAGUGGUUAUUAUUAGCUUGGGCAAAUGGAUACGGAUAAUAUACUUAGAAUUGAUUAGCAGUUGUUUCCCAAUUCUAAGAGAAAAACAAUAAGUCACUUAUUUUACAAGAUACCUUGUUCUCUAGCAUCUGUUUAUGAUGUUUAAAUAAAACUGCCCAAAAUACUUCAGUUAAGUCUUACCUAGCAGACCCUGUAAUUUCUGUCUUGCCACCAGGUGGCAGCGUGUUACAUAAGGAAAUAGUUUGUUGAAGACCAUAAGGGAAUUUAUUUUCAAUAUUUUGCCUUUAAAAACUGUUAAACCAUAAUAAUCAUAAACUAUUUGGCCAGGUUUCCAUUUGCCUGCAUUCUCUCUAGUUGGCUUUGAAGGGCUUUUUAACACACUGUCCAUGGUGUUCCAGUAUACCCACCUCAGUCAAUCCUCCCCAGAACAUAGUCUCUGCCUCUGUCCAUUAGUGCAGAAAGUUUAUUUUUCCUACAUCUUUAAGCAAGACUUAAGCCCUUGUGUUUGAAUUCUCCCACCUCAGUUGUUUUAGUUAAAUAGCAGUGAGUACUAUGUCUUCCUCUUCCUUGUGUCUUCUGUAAUACCUAGAGAGGUUCUGAAUAUGUGGUAACGAUUUAUAGGUGCUCUUGGGUAAAUGUCAAAUGGUAAUAUGAGACAGUCAGCAUGUGGAUAUUUGUUUUUUCUGAUAGCGAAAUAUUUAUAUGAAUUAGAAUGCCUUUAUAUAGUUUUGUGUGCAUGUGUGUGUGGUUAAUUUUGUGCUGUGUUGUUGUGUGCUGUCGAUUCCAACUUACUGUAACCCUGUGUAACAGAGUAGAACUGCCCCAUAGGGUCACCUAGGGUGCUAUCUUUAUGUGAGCGGAUCACCAGGUCUUUUCUCUAGUGGAUCUGCUGGUGAGUUUGAAGCACAGACCUUUCGGUUAGCAGUCAAGGUUUUAGCCGUUGCCCCGCCAGGGCUCCUCAUUUUCUGCUGUGUGGAGGUCCUUAAGUUUACUUUUUAGGUGCUGUCAGUGCCGUUCAGAUAACCACUGCCAGAGGUUGAAAGAUUAGUGUCGGGGACGGAAGGCAAUGAGGAAAAUGAAGGUAAAAGACUGGGCAUGGCAAUUCAUCGAGGCUGAGUCCAGCUUUCCGUGCGGGACAGCAGGAGGCCCACGGGUAAGCUGGCUGCCAAGAAGCCCUCAUAAUGGGUCCUCGCAGAUGCUCUUUGUUUCGUACUAGUAGGGAAAUCCUUUGAUAAUAGAGAGAACUUCAUCAGUUUCUCGGCAAUUUUUUUUCCUAUUUUUAUAACCUGUUAACAUUCAAAUUUGACGAUUUUAAAUGUAUCACAAGACCCAUAAUGAGCUUUAAGAUUUCAUGUUUGAAAAAUCAAUUUUUAAAAGGACUGCAUUAACUAAUACUAAAAAUUGAUGGUAGAGAUAUCAUCAGCUUAGUUCAUUUAACUGAUAAUAAGAAAUUAAGUAUUCCAGAUGUGUGAAUUUCCCAGGUUACAAAAUCUGACCCUGUUCAGCAAAAACUCUUGUAAAUUUUAAUGAAAGCUUUUCAAAAAUGUAUUCCGUAUUUUUUAUGUUAAACAGUAAGUGCUGAGUGCCCCUCUCCUUGAUGACUUUGGACUGUUGUCAUCAACACCAUUGUACUCGGCCCUUAGGACCCUGAGUCUCCGGCAUCCCUGCUGCGGUCCCUGGGCCUGGGUCGUUGGGCUCCCCCGCUCGGGCCUUCCCGGGUACUACAGUCUCAUCCCUCUCACCACUCACAACGACAUACCCUCAGACGUUUCCAUUUCUCUUUCUCCCUCCCUUUCCUCUCGUGUAGUUUGCACCUGUAGCCUGGGAAAUAUAAAAGUAAAACUGGUUAAAAUUAGGUCUAAAAUUUAAGGAAUCUUGAGUUAAAGAGUUCUAUCAAAGCACAACUUUAAAGGUAAAGGCUUUGUAGUAUCAGUUUAGUUCACCUGUUGUUGCCAGCAUUCCAAGUUGUUUUUUCUGUGUUCCAGGUGUUCCAGGUUGUUAGGUCACUGACCUCUGGAUAAGUUGUGUUUUCUUGAAUUUCAUUAUUCUAUAAAUGUUGAAAAUAAAAACCCUGUCACGUUUGUUUAAAAUAAUCAACUUGGUUUAAGUAAUAAGAGUACUUUUAGCCUUUUUCCACUACGAGGGUAUUACCAUCUGGAUCUGUUUCACCUGCUACUUGCACUGAAGUCCUGCCCUUUAGGUAAGGCUUACAUUUGAGAGCUUACCCCCAAAGAGGUGGUAUACAUAAAGGAAAUAAAAGUUCCAUGUGAGCUUAGUGUAUCCUGUAGAUAUUUCCUUGCUAAGGGUAAUUUCAUUUAAUAAAGGUUUUUUGAAAUGCCUACCCUGCUUUAGGUAUUGUGCUAGGCAUUUGGGAUUCAAAAAUAGAUAAUAACAUUUACAGGUAAAGUAUUUCCGAGAGAGCAGGUCAACCAUUCAAAUUAAACCGAUUCUGUAAAGGACAUAUUAGUGCUGCACUGAGGUAUUUACCAAGUAGUAUUAAAGGUGUAUUUUUAUAUACGUGUCCAGAAAAAAUUUGACAUUCUGCAGAUGGAAUAGAAGCAUUUCGAUCUUGAAAAACAUAUGAGCAUUAGUUUCUAAUGAAUAGCAGGAAAUGAGCAAUUACUCUAUCUCUUAUCUUUUAGAGUUCUUGAAAUUUUUCCUGACAUAAGUGGGCAGAUAUUGUCUGUGAUACCCAAGGCUCUUAGAAGUUUCCUUUGAUCUCUAAUGAACCCUAACAGAAUUUGGUUAAUAUUCAUAACAUUUGAAAACUCCACAGUUUCAGGGCAUAGCCACACACUGGUCAGACAGGUGUACAUAUGUCUACAUUUGUCAUGUUGAGUUUUAAAUUCUAAGGAUGCGUUGAAAUUAAUCAUUGCGUGCUUAUUAAUACAUGUGAAAUACGAAUUUUUGCCAUGAAGUGUAUACAGCAUUCCAUUUAUAUGGUGCCCUUUCUAUAAUGUGCUCAGAGGGGUAGAAAGUACUUGCGUGUCUUUAAUGAACAUUCAGAGAGGUUGAAUGGCAAGUCAGUACAGCCUUGUCCAGGGACGACUUCACUGAGAUGAGAGGAAUUACAAAGGAAUAUAGUCAUUUGUUUUAUUUCACUUGCAAUGAGAUCAUUACAUGUCUUUCAAAUAUAAAGUAUGUCUUAAAUUCGUCAGUUACAACUGUGCUUGAAGGUGCUUAAUAAAGUGUUAAAUACUAUUUACGUAGCAAAGUUAGUGACUUCUGAAGUGUUAUAUAGCAUAGCUUUCUGAAGCCAGAUUUUAAAAGUGAGUCAUCAACAGAUUUUCAAAAGGGCAGUUUAUUGACAUAAAUUGGCACAUUUAAUAGUAACUUCUGUAAUGAAAGCGCUUGUUUAUGUGAAGUUAUAACUCACUGAUGGGACCUAUUCUAAUGUUCCAGUGAGAUGUGCGCCUGGAUGCCCAGUGGGGAACUCCAGCCCUGUGAAUUUGUGAAUCUCUUGGCUUCAAUAUUUAGUUAGCCUGGUUUCUCAGGUCAUCAUAGUAAUUGACGUGUUAUUGGAAAUAAAGUUAAGUUUCUUCUUUAUUUAUAGGGAUAACUUCAAUCUUGAGGCAUGUGAAUCGAUUCAUAACUGGCUGAAAGCCAGUUUCUCCUUCACUCUCACUCCAGCACACACGUGAAAAACGCACUUGCUUCCUGAGUGCCUGGUGAAUCUGCAGUGAUUAAUUCUUCUCAUUAUUUUGCUGCACAGUCUCCUGACCCUCUGUGAUGAUUCGAUCAGCCACUUAGAGUUUAUGCAUAUUCAUAUCUCUGCCCCUGCCACAGUCGUUCGCAUCGCCGUCGCUGACUGGUGUGUGCUUGGUGCAGUAAUUGAGCUGCAGUAGAUUGAUUACUCUGGGGGGCUGUAAGGCCUUUAAAGGUGAAAACAUAUCAGUCCUGUUAAUUAGGAAACAAAAGCUCUGGUGGCAAGUUCAGCAGCCAGAUGUUUCCAGGGUAGAAAGAGAUGGAAGGUGUGGUUUAUUCCUCUCCAUGAACCUCGUUUGCUUUUUAAAAUUUGAAUUUGGUCUGUGUCAGUGGUACUGAGCAACUGCUAAGAAUAGCAUCUCAUAUGAAUUUUCAUAGAAUGCUAAAUGAAGAGAAUCGCACAACAUUGAUUGGUGCCAUCAUCUGUGGUCUUUCAAAUAUGAUAGUUCAGAACCUGUCUAACUUUAUAUGUUUCUUUACCAUUGGCAGAAAUCCUGGUGGCGUAGUGGUUAAGAGCUGUCUAUGGCUGCUAACCAAAAAAAGGUCUGCAGUUUGAGUCCACCAGGCACUCCUUAGAAGCCCUAUGGGGCAGUUCUGCUCUGUCCUUACAGGGUCACUAUGAGUCAGAAUCGACCCAAUGGCAGUGGGUUUGGGUUUGGGUUACAUUGACGAUAUUUAUAUAAUAUAUAAAUACGUUCUUAUGUAUUAUAUGAAUAUAUAAUACCUGUGGGUUAAUUUUGGUAUUUAGAGGCUUAAUUUGGCCUGCAGUUUUAACACUAAUUUUUUGUCAAUUUAAUAGCAUACUAUAAUGGGAUAGAAAGUGGCAUAGAAGUUGUCUCUUUAUCAUAAACAUCCUUUGAUUCUUUCCAUCUUAAACUGUAUAUUAAGUAAUACGUUGUCAUGGCAAAAAGGACCUAUGUGGAACAGUGUCCUCCAAAAGUAGGUUAGUUUCAACACAGAAGACUAUGCAGUUUACGUAGUCGACAUGCGUUUUCUCAUGUGUGCUGCUCCCACGUUGUAAUAUUCUCCCCCCACCCCGCCAUGAAUUUUUCUUUUGAGAUGUAAUUCACAUACCAUAAAAUUCACCCAUUUACAGUGUACAGUUCAGUGCUUUUCAGUAUAUUGACAGAGUCUCGCAGCCAUCACCACUCUAAUUCUGGAACAUUAUCAUUAUCCUAAAACAAAACCCGGGACCCACUAAAUUCACUGCCCAUUUUCCCCCACUGUGCAUCCUCCCCCCAGCCCUUGGCAACCACUAACCUACUUCCUCUCUCUGUGGAUUUGCCUUUUCUGGACAGUUCAUAUAAAUGAUUCAUCAGUAUGUUGCCUUUUGUGUCUGGCUUCUUUCACUUGGCAUCAUGUUUUCAAGUUUCAACCACAUUGUAGCAUGAAUCAGUACUUCAUUUCUUUUUAUGGCUAAAUAAUAUUCCAUUAUGUAUACAUACCACAUUUUGUUUUUAAUUCAUCAGGUGACGAGUGGUUGUGUUGUCUCAGCUCCUUAGCUAUUGCGAUCAGUGCUGCUGAUAAUGCCUGUAUACAGUCCCACACAUUCUGACCUGCCUUCUGAUCUUAGGGGGAAAGGUUUUAGACUUUCACCAUUAAGUAGAAUGUUAACUGUGGGUUUAAGUAGGUGCCCUUUACUGUGUUGAGGAAAGCCCCUUCUAUUUCAAAUUUGUUGAGUGUUUUUAUCAUGAAAGGGUGUUGAGUUUUGUCAAAUGCUUUGUGAUGGUUAAGGUUUCAUGUCAACUUGGCUAAGCCGUGAUUCCCAGUGGUUUGGCAGAUAUUAUUUAAUCUUCUUCCAUUUUGUGAUCUGAUGUGAGCAUCCAGUCAGUUGAAAGGGAAAUUUCCUUGGGAGUGCGGCCUGCAUCCAGGAUGUAUAGAUGUUCUGGCAGGGCUCUCUUUCUGGAUCCUGCAUCCAACUCAUUAUCCUCUGAUCUGAGCCAGUAGCCUGAAGUCUGCCCUGCAGAUUUUGGAAUUCACCGGCUCCCACAGCCCCAUAAGCCAGCAGCCUACGGUCUGACCUCCCGAUUUUGGGUUCCCCAGCCCAGGCAACCACGUAAGUCAGGAGACAUCUCCAGCCUGCCAUCUUACUCAGGGAUUUGGGACUUACUAGUCUCCACAUGUGUGAGCCAUUUACUUGAAAUAAAUCUAUGUAUUUAUUUGUAUACACAUGCUUCACUGGUUUUGCUCCUCUAAAGAACCCAGCCUCAGGCAUGCUUUUUCUGUGUCUGUUGAGAUGCUCAUGUGAUCAUAUCCUUUAUUAAUACAGUGUAUUACAUUGAUUUUCAUAUUCAAAUGUUAUGACCUUUUACAGUGUGACAGGUUUCUCUUUGUAUACAGCCUUCCUGGCCCUGGGUUUGUAGUUCUGACAGGAUGAUUUGCUAGGCCACAGUCCUGCAAAGGGAUUGGACAGUUUGCUAUGCAAAUAAGGUGACCGUGGCCUACUGAAAGGAUUGGUCAGUUUGUGGUCUUGGUCAGAGGAAUAGGUUUAUAAAAGGUUUAAUCUCUCAGAGGUUGAGGGGGACCUCACUACCAUCAAGAAGAGCCAGGAGCUGAGCAUACCCUUUGGACCUGGGGUCCCUGCGCUGAGAACCUCCUAGAAGUAGGAGACAGAGAGAGCUGUAGCGCUGGAGAGAGCACGCAACAGCUCUAACAGCACAAGCAGCAAAUGAGGAGACCAGCAUGAGAGGGCUGCAGUGGUCUUCCUGGACCACAGGGCGAGGCGGCCGCAGAGGGUUUCUCUUUCCUCCACAUGAAUUUAGAUGGCUUCCGACACUCCUAGAUUACAUAUUGUUCUUUUACAUAAUGUUCUUUUACUGUCUCGGUUUUAAAUAAUUUGAACCAAUGUUUCUCCUUUAUA